AUGUUUCAUCGAUUUAUGCGAAUAUUACACUAAAUAAUAGCAAAAGAACCCCAUCAGUUCCUGGAGAUAACAACUUUGAUUAUCAUGGAUAAGCUGACAGAAUCUGCCAUAGCUAGAAUUACUAGACAUCUUUAACAAUGAACUUGGAUUAACUUCAAACUGGGUUGCGGGAAGUCCAAAACUGACGACAGUCCCCGGAAAGCUCCCCUCUCUGGGGAGGGGGUGGGGGAGGAUCGCAACGGGAAAAUGUUGCCCGGUGGAGGCCUUUCUGUUCCUACCCAGCUACCAGGGGCAGGAACCGGAAACCUGACGGUAGGAACAUCGAAUGCCACGGGAUCUGGUAGAAAUAAGUUCGCCUUGAAGCCAGGCAGGUCUCUAAUGGACUGGAUUAAAUUAGGGAAAAGUGGAAAGGAUUUAACGGGUGUUGGCGGUGUACGUAGGCAAGAGGUCUCAAUAGAGGAUUUGAAACAACAUAAUAAAGUGGAUGAUGCUUGGAUAAGUGUUAGAGGACGUGUUUAUAAUGUAACACCAUAUAUGGAGUUCCACCCAGGGGGAUUAGAUGAAUUGAUGCGUGGAGCUGGAAUAGAUGCUACCAGAUUAUUUGAUGAGAUUCAUCGCUGGGUGAAUAUAGAAUCUAUGCUUGCCCCUUGCCUCAUUGGAAAACUACAGGAGACCAGACCUGUUAAAAGUGUUAAAAAGUCCCCUCCCUCCUUGGCAGGUAACCUAAAUGGUCUAGCACCUCCAGUUCCACAAAAUGUAAGAAAGGCUACAGAGGCUGAGACCCCCACCAAACCUAGGUAUGACUGGCUGCAGACUGACUCCGAGAUACACAUUGAGGUAUAUACGAAGCAUCCCUCUAUACAGCAUGAAGAUGUCAUCAUUGACUACUCAGGCUCAGAGUUCCUGGUCACCAUGACCCUCUUAGAUCUCAUAUUCACCAUACACUUAGAUUUAGAGAACAAACUGGAAUAUGAAUAUAAAGUUAAAACUUAUCCAAAUGGUAAAUGCCAGCUGAUCCUAAGAAAAUCUGAACAAGGGAUCCAUUGGCCCACAUUGGGUAGACCACUAAUGCAACACCAGUCUUUAGUCAAGUCAGUAGAAAAAAAGCGAAACUACAGAUCUUGUGAACUCAUCGAAAGAUGUGACGUUAGUCACGAUACGCUGUUACUUGGCUUCCAGUUGCCCCAGGGCUGUAGAAUGUGUGUGCCUGUAGGGCACCAUGUUUAUAUAAGACGGAAUAUCCAAGGUACUGAGGUAGUUCGGAGUUACACUGUUGUUCUACCAUCUCUGGUGUCCACAGAGCAAGAUACUCGUUUGCUAGAGGGGAGGGUGUUCUACCUCAUGGUGAAAGUGUACCUGGAUGGUGCCAUGACACCUCACAUAGGAAAUUUAAAUAUAGGGGACACUCUAGAAAUUAGUAACAGCGAUGGGAACUUUUUAGAAAAGAAAUUAGAUAGUUUUACCAAUCUGGUGCUACUAGCUGCGGGAACAGGCUUUACGCCAAUGAUAAAACUUAUCAACAAAACUGUCUCAAAUAAACACAAGUCAAUCAAAGAUACAAAGUUGAUGUUUUUCAACAAAACAGAAAAGGAUAUUCUAUGGCAUGAACAACUGAAUGAACUAGAAGCUGCUAAUGAAAGAUUUGCAGUGUCUCAUGUACUUUCUCAGGCUGGUUCUGACUGGUCUGGAUUAACAGGACGAGUCAGUCUGGACUUAUUGAAGCAAUGUACAUCCCAGCAAAAUAUUAACAACACACUCGUAUGUGUGUGUGGCCCAAUUGCUUUCACCAAUCAGACUAUUAGGCUUCUGAAAGAUAUUGGAUAUGGAGAUACACAGCUACAUGCAUUUCUUGGAUAACCAUCACAUUUCUUCAAGGAAAGGAUGAAAUGUAGGCAAACUUUGGAGGGCCAGUUAAGUGUGCUAUAUUGAAAGAUCCAUAUUUCAUCAGGAUGCAUUAUUGCAGACAUACAUGUACUUGCCAAAAUUGAAUGGCUCACAGACAAACUGGAUUUUUGUUAACAUGCCAAAAAAUCAGAGAAUAACUUUCAGGUCAGCCUGGCAAUGGAUAAUGAUUUUAGGGAUGGUCGAUUAUUAAGAAGAGUGCUCGAAAUUAAUGACAAUUUAUAAAGAUUUUGGAUAUAAUUAUUAUACUAUCUAAAGGAUAUAUUAUUUUAUUGUGCACUUUACUUACCUCUUAUGAAAAACAUAUUUUUACGAUGUAUAUUACAAGGGUCUGUAAAUUUUCACAAGUAAUCAAAUAUCCUUUAACUCUUAGAAAUUUUUCAAUUCUUGGAAUUUUGUUACUUUCCUAAAGAGCAAUGUACAUUGUAUAUGAUAACAAACAUAAUAUAACAAAGAUGUAAAAAUAAAC